AUGCUGUCACGCAAUUCACGUCCUGUCACACUUGCUCUCCUCGAAGUUUAUGGCCAGCGGAUGCUGACUCGCACUCUCCCUGCUACCCGUCGCUUGACUUUCCUUUAUCCCGCUGUCGUUCGUGCAUACACCAAGUCGAUUCAGAAUCAAGCUAUCAUCGAUCUCUUGAGAAAGCACAAGGAGCAAGAAGAAAAAAAUACUGCCCCCAACUCCUUCAAGAUUAAUGCUUUUGUAAAUGCUAUCAAGGUUAUUUCCAAUCUUGACUAUCCCAUUCAUUCUGGGAAGCAAGUAUCAGCUAUUCAUGGUAUUGGGGCCGGUAUCGCUAAUAGAAUAAAUGACUUCCUUAUUGAGGAGGGUCACCUAAACGACCAGAAGGAGGCUCUGCAAACGAGGGCCCUGUCUGAAUUGCUAAGAAUUCCAGGAAUUGGACGUAUCAAAGCGAAGGCUCUGGUAGACGCAGGAUGCAUGGGAAUAGCAGACCUUGUCGCCCAAAAAUACACACAUCUUUUAUCGCCAACCCAACUCAUUGGCAUCAAGUACAUGAAACAUCUUGAACGGCCUGUGCGGCGCGAAGAAGCAGACCAAGUCAUUGAUUUCCUUCGGGAAAAUCUAUGCCCAAAAUAUGAGAUCAUUGUCGUAGGCGACCACCGACGAGGCGCCUCCACGUCUUUAGAAAUCAGUGUCAUCUUGCUACAUCCAGAUGUUGUUCACGUCCCGAUGCCCACGGAACCUCCUCCCAACCCUACGACUUCACCAAAGAAAAAAACCCCACUCAAGAAAGUAUCACAAAUUAAAACAAACCUCACCGCGAAAGCUCGCAAGUCGUGCCCUUUGCAUAGCAACAUUCUUCCCCUUCUGAAAGAGCGGGGCCUGAUCGCUGAAACCCUCGGCGCAAACGUCGGAAUGUGGCAGGGCAUCGUUCGUCUUCCUGGUCCAGAAGAUCAGCGAGGUACUCGAACGGAACGACUUGCAGCAAUUGCAGAUACAGAAGGUCAAUACCGACGCAUGGUUAUCCAUCUCAUACCUCAGAAGUCACGAGCAACCGCUCUGCUAGCACUGACUGGGGAUGGCGAAUUCAAUCGGGACAUUCGCUCGAGGGCCAGUCAGUUGGGAAUGCUUUUGAACCUGCACGGAUUGUGGAAGUGGUACCCCAAUGGCCAAGUGACUGCAGAAUCUCAGGAGUUGAAUGCUAUUGAAGAGAAUCAUUCCGUCAUGGGGUUUUGGGGACUCUUAAAAGUUUCAACGGAGGAAGACAUCUUCCCGGAAUUGGGACUGGAUUACAUCGACCCGCACAAAAGGAACUUUGAGUUCAUCAUGAAGCCGCAGAGUAGCAAGAGGUAA